GGUUCUUCUUCCGUUUCUCACUGCUGCCUCCCAGUCUCCCAAACCUGCAAAUCUGCAACUUCACCGGGAAGCCAUGGCCUCAGAGAAGAAAUUGAACAACCCAAUGAGGGAUAUCAAGGUCCAGAAGCUGGUCCUCAACAUCUCCGUCGGCGAGAGCGGCGAUCGUCUCACCAGAGCCUCUAAGGUUUUGGAGCAACUGAGUGGACAGACCCCCGUUUUCUCCAAAGCAAGGUACACUGUGAGGUCCUUUGGUAUCAGGCGUAAUGAAAAGAUUGCGUGCUAUGUCACGGUCAGGGGAGACAAGGCAAUGCAGCUUCUCGAGAGUGGGUUGAAAGUUAAGGAAUAUGAAUUGCUAAGGAGGAACUUCAGUGACACUGGGUGCUUUGGUUUUGGUAUCCAGGAACACAUUGAUCUUGGGAUUAAGUAUGACCCCUCAACUGGUAUUUAUGGUAUGGACUUCUUUGUUGUCUUGGAACGCCCCGGUUACAGAGUUGCUCGCCGCCGUAGGUGCAAGGCUAGGGUUGGAAUCCAACACAGGGUCACUAAGGAGGAUGCAAUGAAGUGGUUCCAAGUCAAAUAUGAAGGUGUUAUCCUCAACAAGGCCUCAAAUAUUUAAUGAUUUCAAUCCUAGGUUGAUUGUGUUGAAACAGCAUGUUUCCUAGAAAUUUUAUGUUUUUGCAGUUGUAGACUAAUGACUAUCAUCCUUUUUAUUUGAAUCACAAAGUUUUGACAUUCUGAUCAUUUUUUCACCUUUAAUUUCAUUUACAUGGUUCUUAUUA